GCAGAUUCAUCAAAGGUUUGCAUCAUAGUUACCGGAAUUAGAGGAGAUAAAAGCCCACUGAUUCUAUGUUCCGAUUGCACACUCAGUCCGAGCCUUCUUAAGUUUGCUGCACGCUCUCUCUCAAUUUCAUUCUCAUCACUCGGGAUCGUUCUCUUCCAGCUCAUUCUUCGUGUCUUUGCCAUCACUCGCCUCCUUUAGUUUGUACAGGCGGUCCUAACCAUGACUUCCCUCGUUUCCCGGAUUGGCCUCAUAGCCCUUAGUGUACGCACGGUGCUGGCUCAGACAUGUGUCUCCUAUGGCAUGGAUUUUCAGAAUGGUGGAUCGUAUUUCCAGAAUUCUCUCUCAAACGACAACUUCACCUUCGUCUCUCAAUUCGGUGGCUGCCAGGCUGAUACUGCAUACAACAUUCUUGUGGAUCCCACCGGUGAACAAACGGAAUGCUCAGAGACCAAUUUGACGCCAGAUGAUACCAACAUGCUCUCGACAUGCCCGAUAGAGAAGAGUCAGUUGUCCUCGGGCGAUUGGUCUGUGGUCAUUAUUAGCAACAAUGGCGACAGCGGUAAUCCCAUUGCCUAUGAGCGCGAUUUCUCCUUGUCCGUGGGACCUCAAUCGACGAGCACUUACACGCCUACUGUGACAGCCACAGUUGUGACCACUCCUCUAGUUAACGUAACAACCACUGCAACCGACACCACGACUUCAACACUGCCUCCCAGCACAGUCACCAGCCCGAAAACAACAGUUAUGCCCACCGUGACGAUCACACCUUCCCGGGUGACCUCAACCUCGACUAAGACGCUUCUAACUCUCAAACUAACUAAGUACACUCUUGAAGUCGUGCCAGUUACUAUGACUAAGACCGCGAGUUGCAAGACGCCUACCCGCCAGUCUCGCCAUGAUCCUUCUGCCACCAUUACACCAACUGUUGGCCCAAUGGCUGUCAAAUUGAGUGCUAAGUACCGCAGGGGCCAUUAUGACGGCGAGAAAGCGAAAUUUGUAAAGGAGAGGAGGGCCAGGCUUCAAGGUCGUGCUCCGGACCCUCAGCCACUGGUCAUCACGGAUGCCAACACUGCGGAUUGGACGACUGUUACUUCAACCAGUACGGCUGCGGCUACCACUGCUACCAUCCUUAUCACCACCACUCUUACCCAGACCGUUACUCCCGCGCCCAUUACCGUACUUAGCGGCACCACAGUCGCUCCCCCGGUCACCGUCACCGCGCCUACACCAACUCGCACUGUCACUCGCUACAUCAUCGCCACCAGCAUCACCACCAAAGCCUUCAAGUACACAUACACCAUCACCUCAACCACGACUCCCACCGCCGUCGCUACAGCUUGCAAGAAGGCCGGUGGUAUCCUGUACUGAACCUCUACUCCUCCUUAGAGACUGUAAGCGCGUCAGGACAGAACAAUAGGAUCAUUAGAACUCCAGAAAACGGGGGGAUUUUGUUACGGCAUUGUUUCAAGAAUCGGCUUUGCGGGCUGCUUUUGGCGUCUUUGGUCAGUCUUUGGAAAACUGGUGCAUUAGGGACGGAUAUAUUCUUUUCGCCCAUUUAGAUUUAAGAUGUGUGAUAUGCUUAGUCCGUAAUGCUAAUUUGUUUCCCUUA